AUGGGGGAAGUAUUUCAUACUUUCAUCAUGCAACUCCGUGAGUUUAUAAAGGACUAUUUUGUUGGUUUCUUGGACUAUGAGACACCAAAGGUGAUGGUGGUUAAAAACAGAACUCUUGGAAUCAUUUACAGGAGUGUUCAGUUUCUCGUGAUCACCUAUUUUAUCUGGUAUGUGUUUAUAAGUGAGAAAGCGUACCAAGAGAGUGAGACCCGUCCGGAGAGCUCUGUUUACACUCUCAUGACAGGCACAGCGGUUCAUGGAGAUGAUGUUCUGGAUGCUGUGGAGUACGUUCGACCCUCAGAGGGAGGUGAUGUGAUUAGUGCAAUAUUGAGACGAGAGAUCACAUAUGAUCAGAGGCAUGGGACCUGUGCAGAGUAUUUCAAGGUUCCCAGGGCCAACUGUACAUCAGAUUCUGACUGUGUCCAAGGAGAGGUUGACUUUAAAGGCCAUGGCAGGAGGACGGGCAGAUGUAUUCAGUACUAUAACCACACUUUCAAAACCUGCGAGGUCGAAACCUGGUGUCCUGUUGAAGACUACGCUGUAGUACGUGAACCACCAUUAGUGGAGGCAAUCAACUUCACAGUGCUCAUCAGGAACUCCGUUAACUUCCCUAAAUUAAAAGCACGGAAGGGAAACAUCAAAGACAUAAAGGACAAGAAAUACCUCAGUAAGUGUCUCUAUGAUGAGGAGAAAGAGCCCUACUGUCCAAGGUUCACACUGGGAUACAUCGCAAAUAAAGCGAACGAGGAUUUCAGUGAGCUCUGCAAGACUGGAGGCGUGAUAGGGGUUUUCAUAAACUGGAAGUGUAACCUGGACCUGAACCUUUCAUACUGUACACCUACGUACUCCUUCCGUCGUCUUGAUCUCCGAAAGGAUCAGGAGAGCAGUGGAUACUAUUACAGAUUUGCCAAAUAUUACAAUAAGAAUGGGGUCAACUCUCGGACACUGAUCAAGGCCUACGGCAUCCGACUGGACGUCAUUGUUCAUGGACACGCUGGUAAAUUCAGUCCCAUCCCAACCAUCAUCGGCACAGUGACUGCCUUGACUUCAGUUGGGAUUUGUACCAUCUUCUGUGACUGGAUCAUGCUGACGUUUAUUGACAAGAACGAAGUCUACAGUGAUAGAAAGUUUGAUGAAGUUAUCAAUGAGCCCACAGUGCCCAUUCCCACAGAGCUCAGCUACAUCAACAGUUUCGGCUCCGUCCACUCAGAUCUUUCUGACGGUGUGCCGCUGUGA